AUGGAACAAAACAAUGGCACUGAAGUAAGUGAGUUCAUUCUCCUGGGAUUUGCUGGUCAACGCAAGUCUUGGCAUAUCCUCUUCAUAGUAUUUCUAGUGAUCUAUGUGGCCACCCUAGUGGGUAAUAUUGGCAUGAUCCUACUCAUCAAGACUGAUACUUGCCUUCACACCCCGAUGUACUUUUUCCUCCAACACUUGGCAUUAGAUGAUCUCUGCUACACCUCCGCUAUCACUCCCAAAAUGCUGCAAAACUUUGUAGAAACAGAGAAAUCCAUCUCAUUCAUAGGGUGUAUGGUACAAUUACUAGUCUAUGGUGCUUUUGCAACGAUUGACUGUUACAUCCUGGCUGCAAUGGCAGUGGACCGGUAUGUCGCCAUCUGCAAUCCACUCCGCUAUCCGAUAGUCAUGUCGCAGACAGUCUGCGUUCAGCUCCUGGUUGGCUCAUACUUCAUAGGUUUCCUAAAUGCCUCUGUAAACACAGGUUUUACCUUUUCACUGAACUUUUGCAGAUCCAAUAAAAUUAACCAUUUUUUCUGUGAUGAACCCCCAAUUUUAGCUCUCUCUUGUUCCAACAUUGACUUCAACAUCAUGCUGCUAACUGUCUUUGUGGGGUUCAACUUAACGUUCACUGUGCUGGUGGUCAUCUUGUCCUACAUGUAUAUCCUGGCUGCCAUCCUGAAGAUAUCUUCCACUGCAGGGAGGAAAAAAGCCUUCUCCACCUGUGCCUCUCACCUGACAGCCGUCACAAUUUUCUAUGGGACACUCUCUUACAUGUAUCUGCACCAUGGGACAAACAAGUCACAAGAACAAGAAAAAAUGGCUUCUGUGUUUUAUGGCAUUAUGAUCCCCAUGUUAAACCCCCUCAUCUACAGUCUGAGAAACCAAGAUGUGAAGGAAGCCCUAAACGUGGUUAGAAAGAAAUGCUUCUGGUUUGAUAAUUGA